UUCAGAAGAGCAGUGCAUGAACACAUGGAGCUUUUGGGUGAUAGAGUCUGGAGUCGCACUAUACUGCUGUUCACCUGUGGGGACUGGCUGGGAGACACAAGCAUAGAACAGCACAUUGAGAGUGGAGGAGCGGCUCUGCAGUGGGUUGUAGAGAAAUGUGAGAACAGGUACCAUGCUGUAGAUAAUAAGAAGAGUGAUGAUGGCCAGGUGACAGAGCUGCUGGACAAGAUAGAAGAGAUGGUGGCAGCAAACAGUGGAGAAUGGAGCAUGGAUCCUCCUUAUAGAUUUACUGACAGCCAACCUGAAGAAAACAGAGGUCACCAUGUAGGCUUUGAUGCACAGAUCAUAAAUGGAUUCAUGAAGAGGAAGAAGGAAGAAAAGACAAGGGCAGAGGAGAGGAAGAUUACGUUGCUGGACAAGAUAGAGAUGGUGGCAGGGAAGAGUGAAGAAAAGAGCAAGGAUCGUCACCCUAUUACAUUUACUGACCGCCAAUCUGAAAACAUUUCAAGUGAAGAUUCUGAUUAUGGCUCUAGUAAAUCCUCUUCUGUGUCUGAGUUGAAGAAACGCUUUGAGAUACUCAGCACUGCUUCCUCUGCCACAUCCUCUGGGUACGGCACAGCUCAGAGAGAAAAGGCUGGAUCUACAGACAGCUCAUCUUUAAUGUCUCCACACAGCAGACUGGGAGGAAGAGGGGAGACCACACAGACCACAGCAGAACAGCUAAAGUCAGCCUCGGGACAAGAACAUACUAACGCAGGCGAAGAUGUAUUUAUUCCUGCAAUAGGCUAUAAGAAGACUGAUUGCAUUGGAAAAGGCUCCUUUGGGUCAGUUUACAAAGGAUCAUACCAGGGAAAACCUGCAGCAGUGAAGGUCAUAGACACAGAGGGCAAUCCAGUCAACACAAAUGAAUUCAUGAUACACAGAAUCAUCCAAAAUGUGUUUAUUAUUAUUUAAUAUAAUAGCUGUAGACAUUUGAACAACAGAAAUUAUGUGCUGGAAUAUUUU